UGGCAGUUGCUUAUUUCGGAGGAGCGGAGAUUCCUGUGAAAGCGUUCUUUUCGUGAGUGACGAAUCUGAGAGAUAUAAAUAACAACUACUCCUCUCAGUUUCAUCAUCUCCCAAAAUUCUGCGCGUUCAGCGUUUGCGCACUGUUUCAACUUCACUCUCAGAUCAAAAUGGGGAUUGCAGGGGCGGAAGAGUGCCGGAGAGUGGAGUUGGAGGAGCUCCGCCGCAUUUCCGAGCGUGCCUGUAUGCUUGCCAGUCGCCGGAAGGAUUCUGAUGAAUUCCACGGAAGGAGAGUUUCAUCCCACUCAUCCAGUGAUACCGACGAGGACCCCGGCGACGAGCUCGUUUGCGUUACCAGUGGCGUCUCUCUCUUAGGCCUUGCGGUCGUUAAUCAACUCCUGCAGUGUGGAUUUUCCGUUCGGAUCCUCCUCGAUAAUCCAGAAGAUAGAGAGAGAGUGAGAGAAAUGAAAUCAGAAGGAGGUGGGUUUAGAAUAAACGAUUGUAAAGUAUCGACAUUGUCGGCCAAUUUGAUGGAAUGCGAUAGCUUAGCAAAUGCUUUUGAAGGCUGUCGCGGCGUCUUCCAUACCUCUUCUUUCAUCGAUCCUUCUGGUCUCACUGGCUAUUCGAAAGCCAUGGCUGAGGUAGAAAAGAAGGUGAGCGAGAAUGUUAUGGAGGCCUGUGCAAGAACAUCCUCUGUAAGAUACUGUGUUUUUACCUCUUCUCUUUUGGCCUGCAUAUGGCGUGACGGUACACAAGCCGAGCUCCCCCCAGUCGUCGACCACAAUUGUUGGAGCGAUCCAUCGCUAUGCGUCGAUAAAAAACUAUGGUAUGCUUUGGGGAAGCUAAAGGCAGAGACGGCAGCAUGGAGAAUUGCAAAAGAUAGAGAUAUAAAGUUAGUCACUAUUUGUUCUGGCUUGGUAACAGCUCCUGACCUUUGUAUGAGAAAUUCAACUGCAACAUUGGCAUAUCUCAAAGGAGCGCAAGAGAUGUACGAGCAAGGACUAUUGGCAACAAUAAGCCUGCGAAGAUUAGCUGAGGCACACGUGAGCGUGUACGAGGCAAUGGGAGAAAACGAGGCACAUGGAAGAUACAUUUGUUUUGAUCAAAUAAUCAAAACACAAGCUGAGGCAGAGGCUUUGGCUAGGGAAAUAAGUGUGCCCGUCACCAAAAUUUGUCAAUCUCAAGAAGCAGAAGCAGAAGAAGCAUCAACAAGCACUUCUAGCAAGUUUCAGUUAUCAAACAAAAGGCUUUUCAAUCUCACUUCUUCAAGAGCUCCUCCUAAUCGCUGUUAUUCUCUAACGCAUUUCCAUAAUAAAACAAACUUUUAAUUUCCACUGUUCAUCAAAAUCAAUGUUCUGUUUAAUGGCUCUAUUGCGUAAUAUAUUUAAAAAAAAAAAGGCGCAAAGUCGAUGAGUAAAUCUGUUUGUAAUAAAAGGUGAAUGAUUGUUAAAGUCUACGAACAUAAAGUAUGUACUCUGACCUAAAGAUUUGAGGUUCAAAUUUUUUGUUCCAUAUUUAACCAGAAAAAA